CUUCACUUUCGACCUUGGCUUUUGACUACUCCAUCGUAUACUCAACCUAUUCGCUCCUUAUUGAUAUAUUACAUAUGCGGAAACGGAUCUUUAUACUAAGUUCUUACUGUUGAUUCCUCGUUGUUUAUAUACCUUUCAGCCCCACCGGCUACUUGUUUCGGUUUCUUGUGCCUCUACGCCUUGAAGAAUUAGCAGAUCUGGCGGCUCAAUAUUGAUGACUGGUCCCGUCGAUGGGGCUGAGGUACCCAUCGUGAAGGGUACCUGGGCUACAGCGAAACAGUCUUUCAGUGACUUGUUCAUCUGGAAACAGCGCCUCCUUGUAACGGAUAAUGGACAUGUCACGACUGAAUGGCGAAGUCCAGAGAAGCUAAGAUACCCCCGAUCACUUCUGCGUCAGCUAUCCUGGAGAGACUGGGCCGUUUUUAUUGUCAGCUUGUUUGCAUGGAUUGCUAGUGCCUUUGACUUACAUGGUCUGGGCAUCCAAAUCACCAAACUCGCGAAACACUUCGGGGAAACUGAGAAAACCAUAUCGGACAGGGUCAGUCUCACGUUGCUUCUUCGCCCUGUGGGCGCCGUUGUGUUCGGGCUCAUUGGUGACAAGUUCGGUCGAAAGUGGCCAAUCGCUGUCAACUUGCUCAUACUGGGGAUCCUGCAAAUCGGAACAGUCAACAGCAAGUCGUUCACUCAGUUUAUUGUCGUACGCUUCCUAUUUGGUAUUUUUGUGGGAGGAAUAUAUGGAAACGCCAUAUCUAUGGCUUUGGAGAACUGUCCGCUUAAUGCCCGGGGUCUCAUGUCCGGUAUAGUUCAGCAAGGAUUCUCGACUGGCUUCGUAUCUGCAGCCUGUAUCAACCUCGUUGUUGGAGAAGAGACUGGACCUUGGGAGACUAUAUUUUGGAUCGGUGCUGGUUUCUCUAUGGGUAUUGCCGCUUUGCAGACGAUCGCACCAGAAUCGAGUCUUUAUAUCAAGUCCAAGAGCGACAUCAACCAUGAAACCCACCGCUCAAUGAGGAUAUUUGAGGCCGUCAAGCAUGCAGCUGUCAGAGAAUGGAGGCUGUUUUUGUAUUGCACGAUCCUCAUGGCAUUAUUCAACUAUUGUCACAACUUCUCACACGACAGCUAUAAGGCAUUUGUGAUGACCAAAAAAGGUCUGGAUGACUCUGAUGCAAGCCAUACUAGCAUUAUCACCAGGGUUGGGGGCUGUCUGGGCGGAGGUGCCACUGGAUAUCUCUCACAGUGGCUUGGUAGACGUCGCGCAAUCAUCCUAACGAUACUCCUUGGGUGCAUUCUUAUUCCCGCCUGGAUCCUUCCAGAUGAGAUGGUUGGGCUAUCUGUCUCUGGAUGUCUCAUGCAGUUCUUCUUGCAGGGCGCAUGGGGAGUAAUCCCAAUACAUCUCAGCGAACUGGCUCCCCCUGGACUACGGUCAACUUUUGUAGGAAUUACCAGCCAGCUGGGUAGUGUUGUCGCUUCUCCUUCCGUGCGUAUAGUUCACGGCAUUGCUGAGAGACACCAUACGAGCGGAGCAGACGGCUCUGAAGUUCCAGCCUAUGGCCCGGCAAUGGCCCUCGCGACUGCGGUGGUUGCUAUGAGUAUAUUUGCCAUCACUGCAAUAGGUCCGGAGAAUAGAGGUUGUCACUUUGAUAGAGCGGAAUUUGCUAAAAGCACGGCUUUCAUUCAGGGUCACGAAGUCGACGAUGAUUCAAGAUGUCAGAAACAACCCGAACACGUUGGUACAAUUGAGUCAUUGACGACGAGUGUUACUUGAUCAGAUAGAGAAUUCUUCGGCGACGUGUGUACAUAAGUAAGUAGUACAUACUUGGAGCUGUGCGAUGGAUUGACUGGGUUGCUUGGUGUUUUCUAGAAGUCGCAUGCUAAUUAGUUCAAUGGAGGUGUAUCGGAAAAAAGGGUCUCAGUGACAGUAUAUGAUAGGAAGCCUAGCGUCCUGAGAACUAAUCAUAGAGUCUCUGAGUGGACAAUUGAAUCUGCUAUAGCCCCUUUA